AUGCCCGCUACGGCUGACGACGAGCAGUUAGCUGCCGAUGAAAUGCUGAUCAAACGCGUGCAGUCUGGUGCAUCGGCCUUUGAGCUUGUAUACCGCCCAUCGCCAUCCUGGCCUCGCUCGUCGCCACAAUCAAUCACUGGCCCGCCCGCGCUUGCUAUUCUCGAUUCGUCCUUCAACCCUCCCACUCGAGCACAUCUCGCGCUUGCCUCUGCGGCAGGGGAAGCUGCCGGCGCUCGUCUUCUACUGCUGAGCGUACGCAAUGCUGACAAAGCACUUGCCCCGGGGGAUGCUACCUACGCGCAAAGGCUGGCUAUGAUGCGCCUGAUCGCGGAGGAUGCGGAUGCGGCCGUGGGCCUUGUAGACGCUCCGACUUUCGUUGGCAAGGCGGGAAUCCUACGGGAGGCAUACGCAACCCUUCACGGUACCAAGACGUCCGAAAACCCCGGGCUAGUAUUCUUGCUCGGCCUCGAUACGCUCGAACGGUUGCUCGCGCAUCGUUACUACGGAUCUCCCGACGCGAUGCACGCAGCACUUACUCGAUUCUUUGCUCUCGACGGAGAUAACGCGUCCGUCGUUUGCGCGCGGCGCUUGAUGGCAGGAGAUACGAUAGUGAGCGAGGAGAAGGAGCAAAAUUUGAUAAAGACCGCCGAGGAGGUCGCAAGUCCUGGGCGCGUCUCUCUCGUAGAUAUUGGCGAUGAUCUUGCCCGUUACAGCUCAAGCGAGGUUCGCAAGCACGUCAAAGAAGAUGAUCAAAAGUGGAAGAUAUUGGUGACGGAGAGAAUCGCAGACUACAUAACUCGACACGGACUAUACCGGGUCUGA